AGCAGUAUUUAUUCUACGCGGCGCGUGGAACGAAGCACGAAACACGCAAAGAUUCUUCCGGAAAUAGGGAGUUCGGAGGUUACGAAAUCGGUUCUCAGACACAAGCGGAGCGUGAACACUGCGUGACAUUUUCGAGAAAACCGCGAGAUUAGAGGAAAGUUUGUGCAGGUGGCGGUGAAACGCCUGAUUCGCCGUCGAUUUCUAUCGGCACAUCGAUGACGACAUCGCGAACAGUGACUGGUACAACCGUUACCGUGAGAUUCUCGAAAGCUUAUCGGCUCGCAUAACGAGAUCGACAGCAUAAUAAUUAAUCUUUGAACUAUUUUCGACGUCUCCCCCGAGGCAAUGUUCUUGAAACAUUCGGAGAAACGAAAGGUAAAAAUGAGUGUAUCUGAUAAGAGGACAAUUUUGCGAUUAGCGUGAAAGAUAAACACAAGAGCGAUACGUUUGAAUAAGCUCUCCGCCACGGAGGUGAAUCGGGAUCUUUGAUUCAGUUUUACAGCGGUUCUGUGCACGUCGCCACGCGCUCCUGAAUGCAAUCGUGUGCACGAGUGUAGCUCGCAUCGUUUCUCUUCCGGUUCGCGCGUGUGCUCUGCGCGCUACAGAGUCGAUAAGAUCACCGCGAUCCAGAAGAAGCUACAUCGCGUGACGCGAAGACCGAUGCUGGAGUCUGUAUCGGUUUCCCUGAAGAUAGGAUCGAAGUAGAAAGAUGUCGCCGCGCAAGGAGCGCGUACCAGCCACGGUGCAUCAAGUUUUGGAGACGAAGGACCAGGAAAUCGACUCGAAGAAUCGUAGACUAUCGGAAACCGACGAUUUUUUGACCGCUGAUCAAAGUUAUUACAGCAGCAAAGCGACAUACGUAUCUCGUAUCAGAUGGCCGGACCUGAUCGCGCAAAUUUUCAUCCACGCCGGCAGCGUUUACGGAUUCUACCUCAUUUUCACCGAAGCACAACUCCUCACCGCAUUGUGGGCGUUCGCGACAAUAUACAUUUCCGCGUUUGGCAUAACCGCCGGAGCGCACAGGUUAUGGUCUCACAGGGCGUACAAAGCGAAAUGGCCGCUACGAGUGCUUCUGAUUUUCCUGUUCACCAUAAGCGGACAAAGACACGUGUACGCGUGGGCGCUGGAUCACAGGGUACAUCACAAGUAUAGCGAAACCGACGCCGAUCCACACAACGCGAAAAGGGGUUUCUUUUUCGCCCACGUGGGCUGGCUUUUCACCACCCCUCACCCCGACGUCGUCCUGAAGCGAAAGGCCGUCGAUAUGAGCGACCUGGAGGCCGAUCCGAUCGUCAUGUGGCAGAAAAGAUACUACAUUCCGCUAUUCAUUUGUCUGACCAUCGCGCUUCCGGUCGGCGUGCCUUGGUACUUUUGGUCGGAAUCCAUAUGGACAUCCUUCUGGGUGAAUUUCAAUUUCCGGUUCUGCGUGACCCUCAACAUGGCAUUUUUCGUAAACAGCAUCGCCCAUAUGUGGGGUCAACGACCAUACGACAAGUACAUUUCCCCGGUGGAAAAUCUGGCGGUUUCCAUCGUGGCCCUCGGCGAGGGCUGGCAUAAUUUCCACCACGUGUUCCCGUGGGACUACAAGACCGGCGAAUUAGGGAACUACACGUUCAACCUGACCACCGGUUUCAUCGAUGCUUUCGCGUGCAUCGGUUGGGCGUACGAUCGCAAAUACGUGUCCCCGACGAUGGUUCGACGAAGAGCAAACCGAUCUGGCGACGGCACCCACGUCUGGGGUUACGGCGACACCGACAUCCCGACCGAGGAUCUCCAAGAACUGAAACUGAUGGACAGAAAGAAACAGGUGAAGGUCUUCAGGAUGUCGAUCGAGGCGACGAAACCCCCGAAGAAACAGGAGAUCAAAUGGGCGGCCGUACUGUGGUACAUUCAUUUACACGUCCUCGGUAUCUAUGCCAUCUGGCUGCUCUUCACCUCCGCCAAAUGGAUGACUGUGUUCUUCACGGUGUUCAUAACAUCACUGGCUUGCCUCAGUGUGACCAUGUGUCACAGAUUGUGGGCACACAAGACGUUUCAGGCAGCAGGAUCGCUCAGACUGUUGCUCAUGUUGGGUCACACACUCGCAGGAGUGGGUCCGAUAUACGACUGGGUACUGUACCAUAGGCUUCAUCAUAAGUAUUAUGGAACCGACAAGGACCCCUAUAAUCACAGCAAAGGAUUCUUGUACAGUCAUUACAUGAGCAACUGUCUGUCCCCGACUGUCUCUUACGAACAGGCCAGACUUGACAUCGACAUGCGCGAUAUGGAGCAAGAUUUAAACGUUUGGAUACAAAAGAAAUUUUACUGGGUGCUGUUUGGAAUAUUUGGAUUGUUGUUACCAUUGAACGCGCCGUUGGAAUAUUGGGACGAAACGAUGCCACUCACCAUACUGAUCGCCGGUAUACUACGAUUCAUGAUAACGGUGAACAUGUCCUGGCUGAUAAACAGCGCGAUGGUGAUCUGGUCCAACGAAGGGAACAAAAUUCCGAAAAACAUCAGCAUCUUCUUCUUCGCGAAGAGUUGCUGGCCGGCGUAUCAUUACCUGAUGCCGUGGGAUUGGAAGAGCGGCGAGUUCGGCAAAUAUAACGCUGGUUGCAGUACAUUUUUCAUAAAAAUGUGGUACGAGCUCGGUUUGGUCAAUCAGCUGCAAACGAACGACACCCAAGACGUCAGGAAUAUCGUUCAUCAGGUGGUCGCGAAGAAAAUCUCCAUGGAGGACGGCCUGCUGGAGCUGAAGAAGAUCUCCGACUAUAAUGCCAAAAAAGAAAAUCUGUUUUUAUGUCAUUAAUAAAUCCAACGAUCUAGGAUACAUAUCACGCUCGUCGAAGCUCAGUUUCCACAUUCGACCCUCGAAAUUGUACCAAUUUAACGAUCGAUAUCUUUAUUGGACCUCUAAUUUCAAGAACGACUUCGAGCAUCGACGAGUUGUUUAAAUAAUUGUGAUUAAAUUCUAUUUCAUCGGUGAGACGAAAGAAUCGAAUGCGGUGACACAAGUAUCCGUUCUCAUAAUCACGAAAAUUAAACUUUAGUUCAACCAUGUUGUAUUUAAAUAAAAUGUUGUCACAUUCUAUCCACCUU